UUGUGGGCGUGGCCAGAGUGGGCGUGGCCACCUGCCUCAGGUGAGGCGGAAGUGGCGGCGGGGCCAUGAACGGGCUCCAGGGCUGGGCCGCGCUCCCGGAAAUCGCGCAGGAGCCGAGCAUGAGGCGCCCCCUGGAAUUCCCGGAAUUCCCAGAAUUUCCCAGCCUGGAAAACUCACCUGGAUCCCUGGAAAAUUCUGGAGGGAGCCCCAAAUCCACCUGGAAUCCUGAGGAGGUGGCUCCAGUUCUGAGGCUGCGCCUGCCCCAAGACCCCCCUGGGGAGCCCCGGCCCAAACAGAAGCCGGUGGGCAGAGCCUUCGCCAUGGUGGCCAAAAGGUCAGAUGGGAAUUCCUUGGCCUCAGAAUGUGUCAAAUCCAAGGAUGGAGACGAGGAGAUCAUCAAGGUUUAUCUCAAGGCUCGUGCCGACCACGAGGAGCCGGUGACGCAACUCAAGAGCGAAGUUCGGCACAUCCAGGAGGCUGGGAGUGCCCUGAAAAAACUCCGGGAAGAUUUGAGCACCAAACUCCAAACCCGGACAGAAUUCCAGGAAUUCCGGGAAUUUCGGGAAUUCCGGGAAUUUCGGGAAUUUCAGGAAUUCCAGGAGAGCUCGGAGGAGGAGGCCCCGAGGCUCCUGCGGAGGCUCCAGGAGGCAGAAAAGCGGCACCAGCUGGAGCGGGAGAGCUUCGAGCGGGCGCUGGCGCGGUGCCGGGACGACGCCGCUCGCGCCGAGUGCGGCCGGCGCCGCGCGGAGCAGGAGGCGGAACAGCUCCGGGAGAGGCUGGACGGGGCCGAGGCGGAGCGCCGGGAGCUGCAGGCCCGGCUGGAGUCGGGGCAGGCGGAGCUCGAGCGGCUCCGGGCGGCCGAAGGGGAGAGAGCGGCACAGCAGGAGCGCUCAUCCCAGCUGGAGAAGGAGGUGGCGACGCUGAGGGAGAAAAUUCAUCACCUGGACGACAUGCUGAAGAGUCAGCAGAGAAAAGUGCGCCAGAUGAUCGAGCAGCUGCAGAAUUCCAAGAGCGUGAUCCAGGCCAAGGACGCGGCGAUGCAGGAGCUGAAGGAGAGAGUGGCGUACCUGGAGGCUGAGAAUUUGGAGAUGCACGAUCGGAUCGAGCACCUGAUCGAGGACCAAGUGAGCCGGGGCGGGGCCGGGGGCGGGGCCAGAGCUCGAUCCAAAUCCGAGACCGUCAGCAGCAAGCGCCUCCCGGGCCCGAAGCCGCUGCCUCUGAUCCGAGUGGUGGAAACCUGAAUUUUGGGAUCCCUCUGGAAUUUUGGGAUCCCUUUGGAAUUUUGGGAUCCCUCCAGAAUUUUGGGAUCCAUCCUGAAUUUCAAAAUUCCCCGCUGGACUCGGAGCUUUUCCCAAGGGAAGAAUUUUGGGAUCGCCCAGGGCACAAUUCCGGGUGAAAAUUGGGAAUUUCCUCUUCCCUCUCUCCCAAAAAUUUCUGGGAUUUCUUCAUUCCAGAAAUUUUUCCUGAAAAGGAAUUUGGGAUUUCUGGGGGAUUUUUGUAUUUUUGAGCAGAAAUCCCAAAUUUCUGCCCUUUUCCUGGAAAAAAAAUUCCAAAAAAUUUGGGAGUCGCCGCCUCCAACCUCCAGCACCGACCUUGGACUUGGAAAAUCCUCUCCCAACCCCCAAAAUUCCAUUUUUCCCCAAAAUUCCCUGUUUUUCCCAGAGAAUUCCAUUAAUUUCUCUCCAGAAUUCCAUUUUCCUCAGAGAAUUCCAUUAAUUCCCCUCAGAAUUCCAUAUUUUUCCAGCAGAAUUCCAUCGUUUUCCCCCCAAAUUCCAUCUUUUUUUCCCCCACAGAAUUCCAUUAAUUUCUCACAGAACUCCAGGUUUUCCCCAAAAAUUCCAUGAAUUCCCAAAAAAAUCCAUGUUUUUCCCAUAGAAAUGUUUUUUUUUUAAAAAUUCCAUUAAUUUCCCACAGAAUUCCAUGUUUUCUCUCCAUCCUUCCAUCGUUUUUCCCCCAAAAAACGUUUUUUCCCAAAAAAAAAAAUUCCAUUGAGUUCCAAAAAAACCUCCAGGUUUUUCCCCACAAAAUUCCAUAUUUUCCCCCAUAUUUCCAUAGUUUUUUUCCAUAAUUCCAUAUUUUACCCAAAAAAUUCCUUUUUUUUCCCCCACAAUUCCAUUUUUCCACACAAUUCCAUAUUUUUUU